AGAAUCAAUGACGUGUUUCCGAAGCGUCGAUUUGCCGACGUGUGUGCAGACGGGGAGAAGGGAAAAACAACUUUUUAUCGGAGUCUCGAGAUGUCUAUGCAUUUUCAUGGAAUAAGGCUAGUAAGCAUAUAAUUUCUCAAUUGAAUACAGACGGUCGACGUAAACAACCCUCAUCGAAUAUUCAAAACUGGAUUACAAUAAUGAGAUGCAUUCACCAAUCCAAAGAAAGGAUAUGCGGGAGUUAGGCAGCCCGGCGUGUCGCUUUGUGGACAAAGCGGAGAGACAUGUAACCUGUCAGUAUAGCCAUAAUCUUUGAUAAAAGUCCAUUAACAAAGAAGUAGACCAGACCCAGCUGCUAUUGCAUUGGUGUCUAUAGGAGACACAUCUAGUAGACCGGAAUUUACCUUUUUUUUUGUUGUUGCAAAACGGCGAGUGAACCAUCUUCAUUUAUCCACCAUCUGGUAUGUUCAGAAGGAUGCAGAGUAUGUAAACAAACAACAAUGACAGCCGUUGGCCUGGUUCUUUGCAGCCAGACGUUAGUUCUGCAUAGUUAUCAAGGUAUAUCAGACCCAUAUCCAUCCGUACAGAACACCUGUCGGCUCUGCGGACAAAAUCUGCUCAUCAAAGGGACAUUACAGGCAACACGAAGAAUAUUUGACAAGCCCAAAGCCUCAAAGGACAAAAAGUUAUGUGACAGAUUCCUUGCCACCGGUUUAGUGCUAACUGAGGCACCAGGGGUGAAGUCGGGCAGAAUUUGUGCUAAGUGCUAUCGAGUAUUUCUCAGGAUAGAGGAAUCUGUAAGCAUUUUAAAGAAAUGGCAAUCAGAGCAUCAGACACCGGGGACGAGUAAGAAGAGGAAGCGUGAACUGGAACCGAGUCCAUCUGAAACAGACAGGGCUGCCAAGAAGACAUCUGAACGGGAGCCGAGUCCAUCUGAAACAGACAGGGCUGCCAAGAAGACAUCUGAACGGGAGCCGAGUCCAUCUGAAACAGACAAGGGAGCCAAGAAGAAAUGUCCUCCCUAUAAAAAGGUUCCCCCGAGGAGCAGUCUUGUCGAGGUUGUCAUAACAUACCCGAACCAAUUGGAUCCAAAGCUGAAAAAGAGGGUCGAGAAGGUUUCAUCAGAAUUUUCUGGAAUGGUUGAAAACCUGGCGAAAGGCAAAUUGGGGACAUUUGUCAGGUUAGCCUUGACGAAUGAGACCAUGUGUCAAGAAAUCAGAAAGCAGAUGACGCAGAAAAUAGAAGCAGAGGUCAAGGCAUAUGCAAGACCCUUAAAUUACUUGACCUCUGCUGAACCUUGCAUUUUGAGUAGUACCUCGUUGGAGAAUAUGAAGUAUUUUUCAUACGAAGCGUUGGAUAAUGAGUUGUCCAGGAAGACACCAUGGCUUUAUACCACCAUCAAUACUGCAACAGGUGGUUCCACCAUCCAUAACUGUGUGGCUGCCUCUGUGGCCCUGAGAGGUAGAAACCCCAGGCUUUCUGCACUGGCCUAUGUCAUCAACUCAACACUGACCCAAGGGGGGGUUAAGCCCAUUUUCAAAAGACUCUCUAAAAUGGGAAUAACAACCACACAUAGCAAUGUCCUAAAUAAGCAGAAAGAGAUGAAGGCAGCUGGGUACAACAUCAACAUCAAAUGCUGGAGGGAGGACUGCGAGCUGUUUUUCCAACAUAGUGUCAGCGGUGAAGUCUGCCCACGACCUCCUCCUACGGCUAAACCGACAGAGGAAACCGGAAGAGAGGAGGACGGGGGGCCAGUGGAGGAUGAGUUUGAAAUAGAGCUGGACUGGGGUCCACUGGAGGAAGAGGGUGAAGAAGAUGAGGAAGAGUGGAGUCCACUUUCAGAAGAGACAGAAAGAGAGGAGGACAGAGGAUCAACAGUACAGGAAGAGAGAGGAGAGGAGAAAGACAGUGGUUCCCUGCUAGGAGAGACAGAAACAGAGGAAGUGGGACAUGCAUCAUCAGCACUACAAGGAAAUGACACACAGGAAGAGGACUCUGAUUCAACGGUGGAUUCAGAGACGGAAUACUUUGGAUUAAACCUCACCUGUGAGAGUGAUUAGAGAAGUAGCUUAACAAAGAGUCUGUAGAUUACAGAUCUAGGCCUAGGCUACAUCUCUGAACAACAAGGGACUAAUCAUAGUGUCUGGCCAAAAUGGCACCCUAUUCCCCUAUAUAGUGCACUACUUUUGACCAGACCCUAUGGAGUAACUAGUGCACUACUUUUCAUCUGGGCUAUUUGGGACAGAAUCAUACAGUGAAAUUACUCCUGUUGAGGGGGUCAGGAUGUGAGGUCUACUGUUCCUGGUGUGUAUUGAAGGGGUCAGGAUGUGAGGUCUACUGUUCCUGGUGUGUAUUGAGGGGGUCAGGAUGUGAGGUCUACUGUUCCUGGUGUGUAUUGAGGGGGUCAGGAUGUGAGGUCUACUGUUCCUGGUGUGUAUUGAAGGGGGUCAGGAUGUGAGUGCUACUGUUCCUGGUGUGUAUUGAAGGGGGUCAGGAUGUGAGGUCUACUGUUCCUGGUGUGUAUUGAAGGGGGUCAGGAUGUGAGGUCUACUGUUCCUGGUGUGUGUACAGUGUGUUUACAACGAUAUUAAAGAGACCAGUUCAAUUCAAACUUUAUUGUCCCAGCAGGGAGUAUUCCAUUGUGUAGCUAAGAGUACAUAGCUGCUCAACAAAAACUUCAAUUUUUGUUAUUUGGUACUCCCCAAAAUGGCACCCUAUUCCCUAAUAUAGUGCACUACUUACCCCAUAGGGCUCUGGUCAAAAGUAGUGCACUAGUUACUCCAUAGGGCUCUGGUCAAAAGUAGUGCACUAGUUACUCCAUAGGGCUCUGGUCAAAAGUAGUGCACUAGUUACUCUAUAGGGCUCUGGGGGCUCUGGUCAAAAGUAGUACACUAGUUACUCCAUAGGGCUCUGGUCAAAAGUAGUGCACUAGUUACUCUAUAGGGCUCUGGGGGCUUUGGUCAAAAGUAGUGCACUAGUUACUCCAUAGGGCUCUGGUCAAAAGUAGUGCACUAGUUACUCCAUAGGGUCUGGUCAAAAGUAGUGCACUAGUUACUCCAUAGGGCCCUGGUCAAAAGUAGUGCACUAGUUACUCCAUAGGGCCCUGGUCAAAAGUAGUGCACUAGUUACUCCAUAGGGCCCUGGUCAAAAGUAGUGCACUAGUUACUCCAUAGGGCCCUGGUCAAAAGUAGUGCACUAUACAGGGAAUAGUGUUCCGUUUGUGAAGCCACUCAUUGGGCCAAGAUGAUCCAGACAAUAAACAAAAAUUAUAAUUAUAAUACCAAUUCAUUUUUUAAAUGACCUUGAGUUUGCCAGAGAUAUUAGAUUCAUAUGUUGUACAAAAGUGUACAAACUAGUGUCAAUCCCGACAUCACAUGUAGUAAUCAGUUUAGAUACAGCGUAGUCUCAAAGCUGACUGGAGUUGUCAGUUCAGAUGUUCUGUUUUCCAAAUCAGAACUAGUUCAAGUGGUGUAAAAUGACUUGCUCUCCUCUCCUUCAUUUGUGGUCUGCAUUAUUAUUAUUAACCUUUAUUUAACUAGGCAAGUCAGUUAAGAACAAAUGAGUAUAUUUUCAAUGACGGCCUA